AUGUCGACGGAAGGUUGUUUGAUCAUGGUGGAGGAUUCCAAUAGUUGUAGUUCUUCUGCACCCGGGUCUACCCCAAGUUCUCCCCGGAAUCGGGUCAAGUUUUUGUGCAGCCAUGGCGGCAAAAUUCUUCCCCGGCCGGUCGACGGCCAGCUCAAAUAUGUCGGCGGGGAGACCCGCGUCAUUUCCGUCCCUAGAGAUAUCAAAUUUUCAGAACUUAUGAAGAAGUUAACAUAUUUAAUUGACGAAGAGAUGGUCCUCAAAUAUCAGUUGAUUCCUGAGGAUCUUGAUGCCCUGGUUUCUGUGAAAAACGAUGAAGACUUGCGGCACAUGUUUAAUGAGCAUGAUCUGUAUGAAAGCGCUGGAACUCCCAGGCUUAGAUCAUUCUUGUUCCCUGCAAAGGCGGUUGUGGUUGAAAACCAUGUGGAAACUCAUGCCGUGGAGCAACGCUACAUUGAUGCCAUCAAUGGCAUCAUUCGGUCCUCAACUGUAACCUUGAAGAAUCAUCCAACUCUCAAUAUCUUUCAUAAUCCUUCUUCAUUUGGGAUAUCCUCUGCUUGCUCUUCUCCUAGGUCUCCAGAGAGCUACAACACUGAUGCGACACCACAUGAAGCCAUGUUCCAUUGCAACUUUCACAACAGCCGAACCCAUAUGCAAAGAGUUCAAAGCUCCCCAAGUGUGUGCAACCUUACUGGUCUCCACCAAAGCAGUCUAUGUGGUCACCAAAUGUAUCCUCCAAAUUAUUACCAGACCGCGAUGCAUCCUCCUCAUCAGGGCUACUACUCUAGCAAACCACCUAUUGAUCCACAUAAAUGUGCUGGACCUGAAAGACUCAUCUCUGUUAGAUCAGUUGGCCGAGCUGAAGGUGCAAGAUACCAGAUGGACUAUGUUCCGUCUCAGUACCAAUCAGGCGGCCUUAGGCACAGUCGAGGCAGUGGGUGCUGCUCCAAAUGUAUGCACUCUGAUGAUUAUGGUCCUAGUUCUGAUAGAAGAGCUGAUAGAGGGAGUAGUUUAUCUCCCAGCCCGGUAACCCUUAGUCCUCGCUAUGGCCACACCCACAUGUUGGGUAAACCCUGGGAUAGUGCAGUUGGAGGGGACUGCUGA